AUGGACCAUGCUGUAAAAGCGGCAAGAGGAAGACCAUGGAAUACCUUGCGUUUCGAAAACGACGAGCUAGAAUGCCUCUACCAGCGCUACACACUGAAAUUACAGAGAUUUUCUGUAAUUGGUGUAGUCGCGCUGGUAGUUGUCCUUUGCGGCGUAAUGGCAGCUCUAAGUUUGGUAUACAAUCAGAUGCCGACGCUACAUAAUGUCUUCAACUCCAUAAUGUGCCUGCUGUUUGCAAUAAUUUUAAUUUUGCUGCAGUGUCGAGUUAUCAAGGAUCACCAUCUUCCGUUUUUGUGUUAUGGCAUUCUAUUCUUUACUGCUUGCAUUUGCUUUAUAUCAAUGCCAACAGUGGGAAAUAUAUUUCCCGUCGACACGAAAGAGGUCAUGGCUGAGGGUGUCUGGCAAAUUGUUUUCGUUGUAUUUCUAGCAUACGCUAUGAUGCCCCUACAAAUUUGGGAGGCUGUUUGUUUUGGAAUAAUUUUACCUUCAGUUCAUAUAGGACUGACAGCAUAUAAAAUCUACACCGACACAUUUCAGUACUUGGAGUAUAAUCAGUUGAUUGCUAACGUUGUAAUGUUUAUUGGAGUCAACAUAGCGGGAUUAGUUGUGAACAUCAUGAUGGAGCGCGCUCAACGUCGAGCCUUCCUCGACACACGUAAUUGCAUUGCAUCCCGUCUCGAAAUACAAGAUGAGAAUGAAAAGCUCGAACGCCUAUUGCUAUCUGUGCUUCCACAACACGUUGCCAUGCAAAUGAAAAAUGAUAUAUUGUCGCCGGUUGCCGGGCAGUUCCAUAGGAUUUACAUACAGAAGCAUGAGAAUGUCAGUAUCCUUUUUGCCGAUAUUGUGGGAUUUACGGUGUUGGCUUCGCAAUGUAGUGCACAAGAACUCGUGCGACUUUUGAAUGAACUGUUUGGACGUUUCGAUCAACUGGCACAUGAUAAUCACUGCUUACGAAUCAAAAUCCUUGGCGACUGCUACUACUGCGUUUCUGGACUUCCCGAACCUCGUAAAGAUCAUGCUAAGUGCGCCGUGGAAAUGGGACUUGAUAUGAUAGACGCCAUAGCAACUGUUGUGGAAGCCACAGAUGUCAUAUUAAAUAUGCGCGUAGGAAUACACACCGGGCGAGUAUUAUGCGGAGUUCUAGGACUACGUAAAUGGCAGUUCGACGUCUGGUCUAACGAUGUGACAUUGGCUAAUCACAUGGAAUCGGGUGGAGAGCCCGGACGGGUGCAUGUCACUCGAGCAACGCUGGAUUCGCUCUCUGGGGAGUAUGAAGUUGAAGCUGGUCAUGGAGACCAGCGAUCAUCCUAUCUUAGAGACCAUGGUGUCGAUACUUACUUCAUUGUUCCUCCUCCACAUCGUCGAAAACCACUUAUGCUCAACACUUUAGGCGUUCGUUCAGCACUGGGCAGUCGGCGCAAGCUUUCAUUCCGUAAUGUCUCCAACGUUGUAAUGCAAUUGCUGCAUACAAUAAAAUUCUCAGAGCCAGUACCAUUUUCCAACAUGGCUACUGGAUCCUAUCCUUCAACAGGAAGUGCAGGUGGAUCUGUAAACGAUAAAAAUUCUCGAAAGGAUGCGGUUGCACAUCUUCGAAGUAUAUUACAUGCACCUACAAAUGGUAGUGCGACUGUUGAAUCGUCCACCAAUACAGAACGUAAAAAAACAAAAGUAACCGACAAAUUGAAACGGCCGUUUCGAAAACGACAUUCUAGUGUUCACAAUCAGCCAACCAAUCGAGUAAAUCGGUUCUUGUCACAAGCAAUCAAUGCACGAUCUGUUGAUCGUGAUAAGAGCGUGCAUGUCGAUCGAAUCACAUUACGAUUUCGUGAAAGUGAUAAAGAACGAGAAUAUCACAAGGACUUCGAUUUUGGAUUUACGACUGCAAUGGGAUGUAGUUUGCUACUAUUGAUUUUAGGAGCUGCCUUGCAAGUUACCGCUUUGCCAAGAACUCUAAUAUUAUUGCUGCUAUUUUUGACCGCUUUCAUUUGGGUUAGCUCGAUUUUGAUGCUUCUGAUGGCGGUGCGCUUGAAAUGGAUUGCCUGGGACCUGUCGGAAAGUUUCAGCUUAAGAUUAGCCAUUACUGUGUUUACGAUUGUUCUACUGUAUUCAGUGGGUCAGGUUAAUGUGUUUACAUGCGUUUCGGAUCAUCCCUGCUUAUACAAUUCUACGGACACGCUAGACAAUGACUUAGCUAUGUUGAAUCAUCAAAACUUUGCUCAUAGGAAAUGUUCUCUUCCACAAUAUGUCUCUUUAUCGGCUACGUUUGCCUUUCUCUCAGUUUCAGUUUUUCUAAGAUUACCAAUCAUAAUUAAGACCAUAUUAGUUGUAUUCAUGGGAGUGGUUUACGCGUUAUUCAUUGAAUUAUCACACACCAAUAUUUUCGACUGCUAUGACCAUCGUGUCAACUCUUCGAUCCCUUUACAUCUUAUCUCGUUAGCUAGAAUAAUAAUAUUUAUGAUAGCGAUUCUUGUCCAUGGUCGUUUAGUUGAAUGGACGGCCCGAUUGGAUUUCCUCUGGCAAUUGCAAGCAUCUCAAGAGAAGAAGGAAAUGGAUGUCCUGCAGGAAUCUAACAAACGAAUAUUGCACAAUCUACUUCCCGCGCACGUUGCAGCACACUUUUUGGAUAAUCAGUUUAGGAGUAAUAUGGGUAACCCUGGACAGGAGUUAUACCAUCAAAGCUAUGUAAAAGUGGGUGUAAUGUUUGCAUCUGUGCCCAAUUUUCAUGAAUUUUAUACGGAACUGGAUGGUUCGGAUCAAGGAUUGGAAUGUUUACGAUUACUGAACGAAAUCAUUGCCGAUUUUGAUGAACUACUGAAAGAGGAUCGCUUUCAUGCAAUUGAUAAAAUCAAAACUGUUGGUAGUACAUUUAUGGCCGCUGUAGGUCUUAUUCCAGAGUACAAAAUGAAUCCAAGCGACCAAAACUCUAUUCGACGACAUAUGACGGCUUUAGUUGAGUAUAUAAAAGCCAUGAGAAUCGCAUUACAAGAAAUAAAUAAUCAUUCAUAUAAUAACUUUUUGUUGAGAGUAGGAAUAAAUAUCGGCCAAGUUGUUGCCGGUGUUAUUGGUGCUAGAAAGCCCCAAUAUGAUAUUUGGGGAAAUACUGUAAACGUUGCCAGUCGCAUGGAUUCCACAGGAAUUCCAGGAUAUACUCAAGUUACACAAGAAGUAGUAGAUAGUCUUCAAGGUUCACAUUUUGAAUUUAGAUGUCGUGGUCAAAUUAAGGUUAAGGGCAAGGGUGAUAUGAUUACUUACUUCCUUUGUGAACAACAAAAUAACGCAUUAAAUGGUGAAGUUCGCAACGCUAUGUUGGGAAAUCGUCCUAAUCAACCGUCAAACUACAUGCAACCAUCACAGCAGCAACAGGCUACAACACACCAACCUCAUCCAGCCGAGUACUAUCAGAAACAGUCUCAUAUCAAUGAGAAAAACUAUCACCCGAACAUGAUUAAUUCUGAGAGCUAUAACAUAAAGAAAGAUAAUUUCAAUUAUUUAGGAAAUCCAAAUAUUUUACUCAAGGCGCCAUCAUCCCAUCACGAUGAUCACAGGUACAAAUUUAAACAGAACUACAAUCGUGAGAUGUUGAACCUUCGUGAAAAUAACCAUAAUUACUUUAAAAGAGAUCAUUACAACACCAAUAACUACCAUCAUAAUCAUCAGCAAUCGCUUCGUGAUAAUUUCAACAUAACUGAAAAUCCUAACAUUAUGAAUAAUCAUGAAAGUUACAAUAUCAGGGAGAGUUAUGGGCAAAUGGAAAGCUAUAAUAAUAUAAGUAGACGUGAUCAAUUGAAUGUAAGGAACCAUUUUAAUAACAACUAUAGCAGUUGUCGUGAAAAUGAACCGCUUUUACAUCCUGGCCCGGUAGCCAAGGUAAUGCCACGUCAACAGAAUCCACCAAAAUACGAACCACCACGAUACACCUGCCCCUCACCAGUGAGUACUCCGCUUCCAAUGCAACAAGCACCGAACCUAUCGAAAGCUACCGUCACAUCGAAUCUACGGUCAAAUACUCCUCUACUUCGUACCUACAUGAAGCCGUUGCCAAAAUUACCGCCUGAUAUUGAAGAAACGCGCGAAAUGUCGUCAACAGAUGAUCUCAGUUCCCGCCCACAUUCGCCAAGUGUAAGUUCCUCUGAUGAAAGCUACUCAAAAACGACCGAAGGUGAAGGUGACGAGGAUUCACCAAGGCCACCAAAUCACCUAACGAAAAAUGCUAAUCCACUCCAGUGGCUGUACCCUUGUGAUAUACAAGUUGAUCCGACAUCUCCAAAACUCAGUCCCGUGAUCGAUAUUGCUAAUUUAAAGGAUUACGAAAUAAGCUCGACAACUGAGAGUCAGGGACAAACAACUACUCAAAAUAAAGGCGACUCGUGCACCAGCUUUGAAUAUCAUGAACGACUAGGAAGCAAUAGCGGUGGCAAUGGAAGUAACAGUGGGAGCGGUAACGGCGUUAGUGAUGCUAUGGCGGCAGCGAAGUCUCCCUUUGAACGUGAAAUUCAACGUAUCCUGAAUGAAUCAGCACGUACAAAGGAUGGUUUGAAUCAUUUCUCCUCAACAGCUAAUGCUGCAAACGUACUAAAUAAUUGUCGUAAUAAUAUAGAAUUAGGCUACGCUAGCGGUAACAAUAAGAUAGGCAUAAAUAAUAAUAAAACCAAAUAUGAACUGGAAUCGGUGGACAAAGGUGGCGGAUUAUCGCGGAUUGGAGGUAGUACGAGUUUUAUCACGAAACAUCCGGUUGGGUUGGAGGCAAUCAAGGAAAUCACAAGAAAUAAGAAUCCUUCGGAAUCCAGUCAAAUGCAAACGUCUGACACGGAAUCAUGUGAAAUUCUUCACGAGAAUCGUAGCAACAAUUACUUAAAUAAUGCGCAAAAACAACAGCAACAUCAGCCACAGUCACAAACAACAAACAGCCACACAAAAUCAAAAUCGAGUAACUACGCCAAAGAUCACAAUCAUCGGCUAAGACGCUGUUUGUCAAGUGAAUGCGAAAAUAGUAGAGAUAGUUUAGAUGUAUUGAAUGGCGAACGGGAUGACACCGAGGAUAAUUUAGACGAUGACGAAUUUGAAGAAGAUGUGGAUGAUAAUCGAUUCGAGGCGUCUGGAAGGAGUAUGGAGCAUGGAGAUGAUCAAAAUGAAGGCUCUGAGUUAAAUGUGAUAAACGAUGAACUGAAGUUUGGUGCUGCCCAUCAUCAGUCACUCGACUCGAAUCCAGUCGAAAGCCAAUCGGAGUGGUCAGAUGAAGACUGUCGUGAAGAAGCAACAGGUGGUGCUGAAUCGACUGGCUACAUCACAGACGAGCCUGGUUUAGAAAAUAUUUCGCUAUUAAAUGAAGCUGGCUUAACAGAUGCCGAAGGUGCUCUCUCAGAUGUAAAUUCUCUCUACAAUGCGCCCGAUGUCGACGACACAUCAAUAUCAAGCCGUGCCAGUUCGCGUCUUCUCAGUUUAGAUUCCUUAAGUGGUCUUUACGAUUGUGAACUGGAUUCAAAACAUGAAAUGGCAAUUGUAAAUGUGUCACACAAAAUAACAAGUAAAUUCGGUCCACAAAACUGAAGCAAAUAUUUUUCAAGUUGUUUUAAAUGUAAGUUGUUAGGAAUACUACUCUCAAAUUUCAGAAACAUUUUGUUUUGAAAUCUGCACAAUUGGUUGAUGUUUGAAAUUUCUGUUAUUUUCUCUUACAUUACAUACAUAUCUACUAUGAUUUAUACUUUUCACAUUACGUGCACUAGCUUUGUGCAUACCAGGUGCCUCAUUUCCUGCUUAUUUCAUUUUAGACUCCCCAAUGAACCCAACAUUGCCAUUAUUCGCAAGAUGAUGAGCCCAAAUGCUUGAUAAGUACAUUUAAUGAUUUACUUGUUAAUGAAUUUGCAUUAAGGUAACACAGGCUACAGGUAAUGCCUGCCAAUGUAUAAAGUUUUGAUCCUGCGAAAUUUUAGAAAUAUUUAUAACUUCUUUAUAAUCGUCAUAAGUUAAAAUGAAAUGAAAAAAAAAUUAAGCAAAAAGUUAGAUUUGAUGUGCGUUUUUAAAUAUCAAUUCUAAUCUACUUAGAUCCUCAGAUAUUUUGAGUAAUACUUUUCGUGUAACAUAAUUUUUGAAUUGUAAGCGAAAAUUCUGUUUUGAUAUUUUAGAUGUUAAUUAUUUACUUGUAACCAAUAUCGUAGAAUUAAUGAAGAAAACACGCCAAGCGAUAAAUAUAUUGUUAUGUAUAAUUAAAAGUGACUGAUUUAAACUAUCUACAUUACGAGUAUCUUACUUUCAAUAUUUUACAAUUAUGCAUCGUGUACUCAGAAAUGUUUUACUCAAAAAGGUCGUUAUUAUGGAUGUCUGUACGUCCGGGAAAAAUCCAGGCAAAUCCGGCAAACAGCUUACGAGUGGUGAGAGGAAAGUUUUGCAAAAUGUUUAUAGCCGUUUGUCAGGGCCUCCUAGAAUUUUCCUUGGUUGAUUUCUCUCCUUGCCGGUCAUGUGCAGUGGGAAAAACUUACACUCGCUUUCAUAUGAGUGAUUCACUGGCAUCAAUUUUGUUUAUUGUCCGUUUACUCUUCUCUGCCGCAUCUUCCUUUUACGGAUCACUCGAAGAACUUUUGUUUCAGUGAAGUUCUUGCCAAUUUUUAGACCCUAUGUGCUAGUACUUGUCAUCGGAAACUGCGAGCCGUAAGGAGCCGUAACAUGACAUAAACAAGAGUGAAAUUUGCUCUUCAUCAUGUCCAAAAUUUGAAAGUAAUUUCUCCAAAAUAAAUAUCUUCAAUUAAAAGGGAACGAUUACCCGCAUAUACCAAUGAGAAAAGUUGGGAAGCCGUUGAUAAGAAGCUCUGGAAAUUCCUUCUAAUUCCUCGUGAACCUGCUUCCUCGUGCUUUGAGUACUUGGCAGAUAGGAUGACUGUUCGAAAUUGAGUUUUUUUUUCUCAAAGGCAGCGAAGUGUGAUGCUCAGUGAAGUUAUGUAGGAAUAUAUGAACUUUUUGUUGAAGUAAACUCCAGCUUCCAUUGAUUAGAUAUAUUUGGAUUCUCUUUUGAUUCUUUUUUUCGGUUUCAACUCCUCGCACAUUUACGCAUAUUGGAAAGUAAAAUGUAAAGUAUUAUACUUAUCAAAAUAAUAAAUGUGGUCGGCUCGUACUUUGUAUUCGUGGAAAUACUGCGUAUCCUAAAUUGUAUUUUAUUUGUACGCUUCAUUGUGCGGAAAGUACUCCCUGAAUUAUCUACUAUACAAAGGAGAAGAAUUUAAAGUCGUCGAGGCUCAAGAUGAAGCGGUUUCAUAAAUGUGAUCAUAUAGAAUGAUGUUUAAAUAUUGCUUAAAUAUCUAAAGGCGCAUGUUAAAUUAAAAAAGUUUCAACUUUGCAAUUUUAUUUUUUAGCAGUUACAAAUCUCAAAUGCAAUGAAGGACUCUUAUAACAUAACAUGAAUAUUUAAACGGAUUUUUCCACCUAGGAUAAAUUCUUAUAACAUCCAAAAACAAAAUUAUGUUGAACAGUUCUCGACUACUGCUGCUCAAUCAGUUCCAAUUUUGUCUUCCAAAUUAAACUGAGUAAUCUUCAACACUUUCAGUGAUUCCACAUUACAGUGAAAAGGCUGGGCUGAUCAGAAAACGACAGCUUAACUUGAUUAUCUGAUAAACUUCGUCAGUUAAUCUAAUAUUUCCAUACACUCCGUAAUUUAUUAGCAAAACUCUGUAUCUCCAUCCAUAAUAACGCACUAAAAAACGAGGAAAAAAUAUACAUCAUUCACAGCAUAAUCCCGAAACAGUGACCAGCUAAAUCGUUUUCUUACAAUAUCAUUACAAUAGUUGAAAAACAGCAACACAAGUUCCAACACACGUAACAAACUACUUCUGACAUGUUCACUGUACAAACAAGAAUUUCUCAUGAAUAUCACUUUGCAAUUUAGCAUGAUCAUCAUCACAUUCAUCUCAUCAGAAAAGGAAAUACAAGAUAUUUUUGAAGUGAUUUUAAAAUCUACAAGUAGAACAACUCUAUCCGUAAGAAGUUGACUUGAAUUUAAAUUGUAAAACACAUAAAGCAAAAGCUUUGUCAAUUGUUACUUUACUGAACAUAUACAUCAAUUUGCAAAACUGUAGACGUAAAUACAAUAAACUCAAAUGUUGACAAACCAAAAGAACCUUAUAAGAAAUACUUAAAAUAGCAUAUUAGAUAAUGAAUAGAUGAAGAAAUAAAGGAAUAAAUAUUACGAAA